AUGCCAACCUACCUCUGCCACGGCUUCCGCUGGCAGCGCCGCUCCAUCCGCGUCUACACCGUCGUGCAAGACCUCGACGACGUCUCGCCCGAGUGGCUGAUCCGACCCACCAGCUCGCGCUGUCUCCUGCAGAGUUUUUACAAUUUGUUUGAGUUUUUGCCUUAUUGCUCUCCGUAUGGAAGUGGGAGUUGGGAUAGUGAGGAGAGUGAGGAGGAUGAGGACGGGGCAAGUGAUGAGGAGAAUGGGGAAGGGAUAGGAGGGAAUGGUGGGGAGAAAAGGGAUGAGGGGAGGAAUCAGUGGCCGGAAAGGUUGGAGAGUCUUGGUAUACUUGGGGGCGGUGUCAAAAGGAAGGGAGAAGAUGCCAGCUCAGCGAUCACCGCCAUCCAUGUCGGCAACGAUUCAACAAGUCGUACCACCAGCCGCAGUCCAAGUCUGAAACUUCCGUUGCAAGGCUCACGAACCUCGUCCAAGACGCGCCAAACUGCCGCCGCAGCUACUCCUACUACUACCACCACAUCCGCUCCAGCAUCAAGAACUGCCAGCACCUUGGGAAUUUCUUCUUCAGGAGGACGAAAGAGCAAGAAAACGGGAAGCAGGAGUGGGUCUCACAGUCCCAAUUGCAAAAAAGACGAGCUGAGCGCCCAACGCUGGUCAGCAGUCAAAGUCCUCGAGGAGUACGACCCAAACAACCUCGACGAAGUCUCGCGGCCUUACGCCUACGUAGCCGAUCACGUAGUCCGCGUCGACGGGGCGGUGGAUAUCCUGGCGGAAGUGAGGCGGUAUGAAGAGCGGGUGCAGCAGAGGCAGAGGCAGAAGAGGGAGGAGGAGGAGGAGGAGGUAGGGGGACGUGAUAAUAAGGCUAAUCGCGAUAGUGGCGGAAGUGGCGGGAGUGGAGGUAGAGGGGAUGAGGAGUAUCAUGAUGCUCUUGAGCACCUUGAAGAACAAAACGCGAAGCAGGAGAAAGAACAGACCUGGAUCGAGCAGCUCAGAGAUGAACUCCAGCGUGGAGAGGAGAUUAAGUGGUAUGUUGUUGUCAACGGGGAUGAAGAGCGCAAUUAUUCCAAUUCCAAUGACUUCGACGAUUCUGAAGAUGACGAAGACGAAGACGAAUACUACGCCGAGGAACUUUCUUCCGAGAGUUACUACGGAGGAGGGACCUACCACCACGAUACCUCCGAAGACCUGAGCGCCUCAGAACUACUUACAAAUCCUUCCCUCGCUGCGCAUCCACCUACGGAAGACCGACGACCAUCCCUUCUCUCCCACUCCGGAUCUAGGACGUCUUCUUCAUCCCGUGGGCAAUCAAAAUCCCGAAGCCAAAGCCGGAGUCACUCUCGAACCCGCCACCGCAACCACAGCCGGCAGAGACACGGAGACAGACACAGACGCAGACCAAAACCGACGAAAGAACAACGUCAACAUCAUGCGCAGUAUACACUCCAACAGGAACUCUUUGAGAGGAAUGACUUGCGGGCUUCUUCAUCUGCAAUGGCAACUCCAACUUCAACUCCAAGAACAACGACCGUGGCGGCCACGAGAGGGACAACAACGACAACAACAACGACAACAACCGGACCGCCACCAACGGCUAUGAGGAACAUGAACACAAAGGCAAUCAUUAAAGAAGGAGCGGCUAGGCGAGUGAUAAGCGAGGGAGGGAUCCAUCCAGCCCUAAGAGGGGGACCGAAGAACCCCGAGAUACCGAUCAUUAUGGUUACGCCUACAAGGAUGACCUUUCCUACUGGGACUGUUGCGAGUGGGAAGCGAGUGGUGGAGCAACAGCAGCAGCGGCAGCAACAGCAGCAGCAGCAGCAACAGCAGCAGCAGCAGCAGCAGCAACAGCAGCAGCAGCAGCAACAGCAGCAGCAGCAGCAACAACAGCAGGGGCAACAGAACGAAUACCAGACGAAAAGUAGUAGUGCCGGCGGGAGUGGGAGUGGGAGUGGUACCUCUAGUGGCAUGGGAAUCGUAAGCAGCGCCGCGGCCGCCACCAGCAGUUUCAGUCUCGAAACCAGCCCCAGCAACGUCCCCGCUUCCGCUCCCGCUCCCACUCCCCGUCGUCCCAAUCCCAGGAAUCCCACCACUACCGGACACGGACACGGACAAAGCACGGGCAGCAAAAGGAGCUCCCUCACCUCCCUCCGCACCCUCUCCUGGUCCUGCCUCAACUUUCCGGUCCACGGCCACGGCCACCACUCAACCAGCCCUGAAAACAAGGACACCAGCGAAGCCGUCUCCCCGCCUCGCCCCUCCCCUUCCCCUCCCAUCCCCCUCCACCCCAAAGGCUCUUACCCAUCCAUCUCAACCCUCCCUCCCCGACCGGCACCGCCGCCGCCGGCAUCAGCUGCCCAGCGACCUGGACGACCUUUGACACCACCGCCACCGCUUGGUCAAAGUGACUCAAACAAAGUGCCCACCGCGCCGUCGUCACCGGUCGUGAUCAAGAUCAGUGCUACGCCGGCGGAGGCACUUGAGGCACAGGCGGCGGCGUCACCGCCGGUGGUGGGGCAGUAUUCGAGUAAGACGAUGCCGACGCGGAAGGGGAAUCAGGGUUAUGGAAGUCGGAAACGUCGAAGUAGUGGGAGUUUGAGGAGGUUGUUUCAGAGGACUAGUGGGAAGGAGGGGUGGAUUUGAGGUUGUUUGUUUGGAUUCAUUGAGGGGAACUACCUACUGCAUGGAUGGAAAAGUUAAUGUUGAAGGGAUGUGAAGAAGACAAACAACGGUUGCAGCCCGCUAUCAAAUCGUAUAUCGAGACGCGAAUCUGUGCAUUUGACAUGUGCGAGAAGUCACUUGCAGAAGCUUCAA